AUGGCGACAAUUGUACCCCCUCCUUCGAAACGACAGAAGAGAGAGACUCUCGAACGAACGCAGACUCAACAAGAUGUUACAGUGUUCGCUGCUGGCCCAGCCGGCUCCUUCAAGGCUCGAUUCCUUGAUGGAGAUGGCAAGCAGAUGGCCGAUGUGAUUGAAGUUCCUCUAGCCGACGCCUCAGAAAAGAAUCUCUCGCUAUUAUUGAAUACGCUACUUGCAAGGGAAAGAGAAGAAUUCCUCCCGUAUCGAUUCCGAAUUCACAUUCCCGGCAGCGAUAUCAUCGUGGACCAAUACCCUACCGAUCUUCUCCAGCUCCUUCGCAACCAUGGCAUCGAGAACCCUUUCGAAACGACUGUUACCCUCAGCGCCGAGCCGCAGGCCGUUUUCAAGGUCCAGCCCGUUACGCGCAUGUCCCACAAGAUCCCUGGCCAUGGUGAAGCAAUCCUCGCAGCGCAGUUUAGCCCCAAAAACAGCAGCCGACUGGCAACUGGAUCUGGAGACAAGACGGCGCGGAUAUGGGAUACAGAGACUGGAACUCCUAAAUACACUCUCUCGGGUCACACUGGAUGGGUACUAGCAGUUGCUUGGUCCCCCGAUGGUGCGCGACUCGCUACUGGAAGCUUCGACAAGACAGUUCGUCUUUGGAACCCCGACACUGGAAAGGCUGUUGGAAACCCCUUGACUGGUCACGCAAAAUGGAUUACCAAUGUGGUUUGGGAGCCUUAUCACCUCUGGAGAGACGGUACACCACGCCUUGCCAGUGCUAGCAAGGACGCAACAGUCCGAAUAUGGGUUGUCAACUCUGGCAAGACGGAGCACGUCUUGUCCGGACACAAGAGCAGUGUCAGUUGUGUGCGCUGGGGAGGAGAAGGUCUGAUCUACAGCGCAAGUCACGACAAGACAGUCAGGGUCUGGAACGCCGAGAAGGGAACCUUGGUACACACUUUGUCAUCCCACGUUCACUGGGUGAAUCAUCUUGCCCUCUCAACAGAUUUCGUCUUGAGGACUGCAUUCUACGAUCACACACCCGUGCCCGAGACAGAGGAAGGGAAGCGAGCCAAGGCCAAGGAGAGGUUCGAAAAGGCAGCCAGAUUCCAGGGCCGAAUUGCUGAGCGCUUGGUCACUGCCAGUGACGAUUUCACCAUGUACCUCUGGGAUCCUUCUCAGAGCACCAAGCCUGUCGCACGUAUGCUGGGUCACCAGAAGCAGGUGAACCAUGUCACGUUUUCUCCUGAUGGCACUCUCAUUGCCAGUGCAGGCUGGGACAACCACACCAAGCUCUGGAACGCCAGGGAUGGCAAGUUUAUCAACACACUCCGCGGCCACGUGGCUCCUGUGUACCAGUGUGCCUUCUCAGCAGACUCCAGACUACUCGUCACAGCAUCAAAGGACACAACGCUCAAGGUGUGGUCAAUGGCAUCUCACAAGCUCUCCGUUGAUCUGCCCGGUCAUCAGGAUGAGGUGUACGCGGUAGAUUGGGCACCGGACGGCAAGAGAGUCGGCAGUGGUGGAAAGGACAAGGCGGUCCGGGUCUGGCAAAAUUAG